AUGGCCCAAGAAGACGUCGUCAAGACCAACGUGUCCCCGCGGCGCAUGUCCGCCCCGAAGCGCGCCUAUCUCGUCGCCUACAACGCCAUCUCGGCCCUGCUGUGGUCCGUCGUCCUCGGCCGCACGCUCAGCACCCUCCUCGCCCACGGCCUCGAGAGGGGCCCUGCGCUCGUGUACCCGGCCGUCGGCGAGUGGACCAAGUGGACGCAGACGCUGGCCGCCCUGGAGAUCGUGCACUCGGUGCUCGGCGUCGUCCGCGCCCCGCUCCUCACGACCCUGAUGCAGGUCUCGUCCCGAUUCGCCCUGGUCUGGGGCGCCGUGCACGCCUACCCGCUCAUCGCCGCGAGCCCGGCCUACUCGAGCAUGCUGCUGGCCUGGUCGACGACCGAGGUGGUGCGCUACCUCUUCUUCGCCCUGUCGCUGUCGCCCGGCGGCUACGAGCCCGCACUCCUGCGCUGGUUCCGCUACAGCGGCUUCUACGUCCUCUACCCCGUCGGCAUCUCCAGCGAGCUGUGGGAGCUGUUCCUCGCCGCGCGGUCUGCGGGCGCAGAGGGGAACACCGUGGGCGUCGUCGUCGCUGCCGUCGUCAUGGCUACGUACCUGCCUGGCGCGCCGAAGCUAUACACCCACAUGAUCAAGCAGCGGCGCAAGGUCUUGGGUGGUGGUGCGGCUGGUGGCGAGGCGAGGGGGAAGAAGACGCAGUGA